UUUCUUGUUAUUAUUGAGAUCGGCUCUCAAACUCUCAAGUUCUGUUGUUGUCGCGCGGCGCUCCGUUGAUAACGCGAUGCGGCCUGCCCCGGCGCGCGCGCAAGCUUAAAGCUCGCGAAAAUCUUCACGAAAAUAAACGUUAUGGAAUGGAUAUUUUCUUAGACACCGUGCUCAGUGAUUUUUCCGUAACUGUUAUUUUUUUCUUUACUGUGUUUUUUUUUUGUAUUGUGCUGUUAGAAAAGUGAAACCGCAGGAUUGCCCUAACAUUUUUAGUGUUGCGAUAAUUUAUUUGUUGCGUUCAAGGCGUUUAAGGAAGGCUUUUACUGAAAAACGUUAACUGUUUGGAAGAUCAGAAAACGUGCGUGCGGCUGAAUAAUACGAAUGAAGAGGAUUUUUUCCUACUGAAAAAGUGCACGAUCACCGCCAAGCUGUCUACCGCAAAUGAGAUCAUCCCGAGCUUCCACAUACAAGCGCUUAUAGGUGGGUGGCGCGCGAGCCCGAUGAGCGCGUGCGCGGCGGCCGCCAUGCGCGAGAAGCACGCGGCGCCGCGCCGCCUCGCCUCCCCGCGAGCCUCGCCGCCGCCCGAGCCGCGCGACGAGCCGCUCGACCUGCGCGUCACGCACAAGCGGCCGCAGCGCCUCGAGGACGAGAACUGCAACCUCAUCACGUCCUCGCCGCCGCCGCCGCACCACCCCGCGCACCCCGCGCACCCGGCGCACCCCGCGCUGCUGCAGUUCUGCCGGCGGCUGCCGCUCGCGCUGCCCGCGCCCUUCGGCCGCUACCCGUUCCUCCCGGCGGCGGCGGCCACGCUGCUGUCGCCGGGCGCCCCCCGCGCGCCCCCCGCCGCCCCCGCCGGCGCCCCGCGCGCGCGCGACCGCUACACCUGCUCCUACUGCGGCAAGGCGUUCCCGCGCUCCGCCAACCUCACGCGCCACCUGCGCACGCACACCGGCGAGCAGCCCUACCGCUGCAAGUACUGCGAGCGCUCCUUCUCCAUCUCGUCCAACCUGCAGCGGCACGUGCGGAACAUCCACAACAAGGAGCGCCCGUUCCGCUGCCGCCACUGCGACCGCUGCUUCGGCCAGCAGACCAACCUGGACCGGCACCUGAAGAAGCACGAGGCGGAGAAUGGCGACGAGCGGCGGCGGUCCCCGGACGAGACGUACUUCGAGGAGAUCCGGUCGUUCAUGGGCCGCGUGGCGCCGGCGCGCCGCCCCGCCGCCGCCGCCGACCACACCUGACCGCCGCGCCGCCCUCCGUCUCUAUCUGGUCAAUGCAUCCAAAUGAAAAUUCGUAUAAUAAAAAUGUUGUGAAACACAGUGCUGUAGACAGAAGUUGUGGCCUGAACUUGAGAACAGAACGGUGUGUCUGUAAUGAAAAUCUUUUUACCGAUAUCGUCACAAAUGGAAUUUUUCGUGUAAUCUUGUCUUCCGUUUUCCUCGCAUCUUUCUAUACCAACCUAUAGUUAUAAAUGUUACCGUUACUGUUGUCUUAAGUUUUAUAGACUCAAAUUAUUCUGAUUAUAAACUUUCUUUUCCUCGCCUGUUCUGCACCUUGAUAAGUUCACUAUAACAAAUAAAUGAUCUGAAUAAAAUUUGCAUCCGUAAGUAAUUAUAUUUUAAGGUAAAGUGAUAAAGAGUAUAUUGUAUUUUUUUGUAAAUAUUAAGUAAGGAUUAAGAAGAUUGCGUUUUGUUCCGAAUUUUGACUACCGAUAGAAGAUAAUGUAAAGAUACUAGAGUUCCAUCUUAAAAGGUGGCGAUAAGUAAAAUAUAUCAUUAGAGUGUUUGCUAUAAUAAAUUUAAUGUUAAUGAAUAAUUGUAUUAUCUUCUUAAUUGUUUUAAACAUUUCGCUUUAGUAGUUAUUAAAUAUUUUAGUAUUAUUAGUCUGAAAAGAAACGCCGGUUACCAAUAUAUGAAUAUGCAUAAUUUGUUGAUUAUUGAAAAUAUAAUAGAUAUAUUUUUUUGUAAAUUAUUAGUAAACUUUAAAAUUUGAAAUAUCCGGAUUAUAUUAGUCGUUGAUAACUUAUUAGGAGCUUUCAAACUGAAGUUUAAUACAUGUUAUAGCAGCAACAGCUACGUGAUUAUGUAAGAAACUCAUCGUAGGCUCAUCGUUGAAUCUCAUAAAUGUCAGUUUUCAAAUAAAAUAUAUGGAUAACUCAUGAUUUUACAUUCGUCGAUGAGGAUAUGAUGUUUUUUACAGAAUCACAUUGCAGUUAGUUAUCUAUUUAUAAUCAAAUAGAUUUUAUAUUUUGUAAAUGAUUAUCCCGGAACUCUUUCAAAUGUGAUUGUAACGUUCAAAGCUCCAAUUGUUAAGUUUAUGUACAAAACACAAAUAAUUAUAAUUAAUCUAUUUUCACAUGAUUAUGAUACCACACUAUCAUUUGUCUUCCAAAAUGGUGUUCAAAAUUAGGUUUUAAACUGUGAUUUAUUUAUAUUCUAGCUUCAACUGUUUAUGUUUAAUUCGAUUCAAUCUAAACUACAAUAAAUCACAAAAGUUUCUUUCAAAGAAUGUAUUUUAAAACGUUCCUUUAAGUAUAGAUAGAUCUCUAAUAAUGUUAAAGUGUAAAAUGUAUGUUAAAAAUAUAGCGAAUCACAUUCAGCAAAUAUACUACAAACAUAAUUAUUAAUUAAAAUAACCUUAGAAGUACCCAUUAAAUUACAAAAAUCGUGACAUUAAAUUAUAUGACAAAAUAUGAUGUGAUGGAAUGAAUGUAUUACAAUUUAUGGAGUACAAUACGAGUAUAAUCCUAUACUUUUUACAUGUUUGAAUAUUGUGAACAUGUAUAGUGUAUACUAAGUAUCAGAAGGAAAUCUAUAUUUUAUACUUACAGAAAAAAUCUUACUUAACUCAUUUAAUGUGAAUAUUUCAAAUGAAGUUGCAAACAUUUCUAACCCAUAAAUCAAAAUUGGAAUGAAAUUUGAAUAUUUUAAUUAGGUUGGUCUUUUACUCUACAUUUUAUAUAAAUUCAAACAUAAUAAAUCAAUAUAUAGAUAUAUAUAUAAAUAAGUUGGUUAGAAAUGCAACUGAAAAGCCAUGACAUAGCUACAUACUUGUACCAAACAUUGACACUAUAAAGAAGCUAUUUAACUUUAUGUACAUUAAGAAUAGUAUUUAAAAUUGUCAUUUUAUACUUUUGAUACAACCUACCUAUAGUCGUUCAAGGGUCACCGACAGCUUGUCAAAGCCAAUUAAAUAACAUUAAUUAAA